AUGCGGCUGCAUCCAAUUUGGGCCGCCGUCGGCCUUUUCCUCUCCGCCUUCCCGUUCUUCUACCUCUUGAACACCGUCGCAGCCCUGCACAGCCCUCUGGUGAUUGCAGUCCUCGGCAUUAUUAUUCUGUCGCCUUUGUUUGCUCUGAUUUAUCUCCCAAGCCGCUCCUACAAGGAUCCUCUUUUGUAUGUGUUCAUGGUCCUUUGCUUCAUUGCUGGAACUGAUGCUGUGAUCGCUUUGGAGAAAGACGGCUACACCAGCAGCUUUGCAGAUUUCUACAUCAGAGAGGGUGAGCCUUAUCUGGGCACAGCAUAUGGCAUUAUGAUAUCCUACUGGCACGCUGUGGUGAACUUUGCCAUGUAUCUCCUCAUGAUUGCAGCCAUUAUUCAAAGAAAGAGUUAUCGGAACGUUGGCCUCUAUUGGACAGGAUCCUUCACCAUGGCACUUGUGGUCUUUCUGCUGGGAAAUGUGAUUGGGAAAUACAGCUCUGAGAUCCAACCAGCCUUUCUGCUCAACCUUCCUUAUCUCAUCAUACCCAUCUGGGCAGCCAAAAGAUUGUUUGACCAGCCCAGGACCUGCCCUCUGCCAACAGCUGAUCAGGUUGCAGAAGAGCAAAACAAGAAUCUGCUUCAGCGCCCUCUGGAUUUGGGCUUGGUAGGAUUUCUCCUUUUGGCUGUGGUCUACACACUCUUCCGAGGACUGGUUGUUCUGGACUGCCCAGCUAAUUCCUGUUUUGAUUACAUAUACCUGCAAGAACCCUACCUGCGAGAUCCAGUGGCCUAUCCCAAGAUUCAGAUGUUGGUGUAUCUAUUUUAUGUCCUGCCAUAUUUCUGCAUCUGCAUCUAUGGAUUACUCGUUCCUGGAUGCACAUGGAUGGGAGACUGGGCCUUGGUUUUUGCUGGUGCUAUUGGACAGGCUCAGUUUUCCCACAUUGCUGCCUCCAUUCACCAUCGCACUCCUUUUCCGUACCGCAUCCCAGAAAGAGAUUGGUGGUUUGUGGUCCUCUGCAACGUAGCCUAUGCGGUGGGCCCACAGCUCUUAGCUUACCGCUGUCUCUACAAGCCUGCCUUUUUCUGUAGCCCCGUUUCCCAGUCCAAAGACAAGAAGAACCAAUGA